AUGGUUCCGAGUACAACUUCGAGGCACCCGCGGAAGACCGACUCGAUGAAAUUUCCAUUGAUGUCAUACCACAUUCGAGUGGGGGCAUAUGAUUCGUUGAAUUCGGAAGAUGCCUUUUCCGACUUUAAGAAUCCAAACGGCCGACGCGCAUUUCCCAUAACAUCAUCAGUGUCAUCCAGUACAAUACUUUCGCAAGCUGAGGAAUCAAAUCCGCUGAGAUUCAUCACUUCAUCGCGCAACUGGAAUGCCGGAUAUCCUUUGACCUCCCGUCAGAAGAAGAAACUCGAGUAUUACGUGGAUCGUCGUAAGUCAAAAACGCCAUACGAUGAUGAAGUCUUGUGCCGACAGAUUGCACAAGAGUGCGGCUUGCCCUAUACUCGUGUGAGAGUUUAUUUCAGACGUAUUGAGGAUAGUUUUGAAAAGAAGAAUCGUGAGGCGAAAGCAGCAAAGCAAAGAGAAAGGCGACGUAGGGUUGCAAAUAAAUACAAAACUUUUACCGGCAUCAUACCUACAGCUCAAGGCGAACCAUCGUUCAAAAAAAGAAAGACCGAAACGAUGGUUCAUAAAGUUGCGAGAAAGACGAGCAACGCGUUAGGCCCUCACUUUGGGCGCAAGAGCCAUCGUGAGUUAAGACAAAAGGAAUUGGUCGACGGCCGGACCAUCGCUGGCGAAGAAAACCUUCCGAUUAUCGCCGACGAAGAGCGAUUUGAAUCGCAGUAUGAAACCUUUGUGCGGCGCCAACGACCAGUAUGGAAUCAUCACGAGGAUGAGUUGGUCAUUCAUUCGUAUGUGAUUCUUAGGACCAACGAGAUGUGCCGUCGCCGAUUAAACGUCUUGGUCAAAAAUGCGGCUGUGCAAGAGCGCAUAAAUAUUUUGCUGUCCCAGUGGCCAAAGAUCUAUAAGAUUGGCGUAAGAAACGGUGAUAUCGUCGACAAAGAUGACACUGAAAUGAUAGACUUUGAUUUGCCCGGAUACGUUGAAUUUUUCAUGAAGGCGUUAAAGGAUAUGCCAAAUAAAAGGUGUGGUCCCGAUCCUGUGAUACCACUUCCUCGUGACACCAAGACGCUGGAAAGGUACUUUGUUGAGAAACACAUUUCCUCUUCUCAUCGCCAAGAUUUAUUCUUUGAAGACAAACUUGUGGGUUGUUCGCUGAGACAGAAAUUCACCACACUCUAUUCUCACCCAUUCACCUGUCGCCUCACUCGUGAAAAUUCGGUCGACUAUCAUACGAAAUUAAACGUCAACGACAAGGAAAUCCAGCUUGAAUGUGUUCAAGCAUUGAUCAAGAUGAUACUUUUGACACCCGAAGAUCAGUAUGAUUCGUCGCACGCAUUUUCAAUUCUCAACUCGUAUCCUGAUUCCCUUGUGACCGAUGCCAUCGAUAAAUUAAAUGAAUCCGGAGCCAUUGUUCGAGUUAAAGGCGGAAAUGACCGGAGAGUUCCCGGUCGAGGAUAUCAUGUGUCCGACAGAUUCCUCUCUGUUAUAUCCGGAACCUUCCCGGAUCGUCUGUUUUCACAAGCCGUUGCUUUCCACAAAUCGUUAGUUGGAUCGAUCAUCUUUGAUCAAUUCUCAAAUAGUGGUGACAUGGCUUGUAUAUUGGAUCUGUUCUCUUCGUGGAAGGUUUCAUUGGUUCCCGCACAUAAAACCGAAGACCUGUUCACCUCUUGCGUAAUACCAAAUCAUCGAAGCCGGAAAAUAGAACCUUCGAAACUUUAUUUUGAAAUCUUGAUAUCUCCCAAAGGGCAACUUAAUCAUGGAGCGAUCGAUGGACGUUCCCAGAACGCGGGGUCAGUCGGAACCACGGAUUGUCGUCCUGCGUGUGACAAACUUCAGGAAAAUGGGGAAGCUCGGUCGAAUGAAGAGAUGCCUUCUUCUAAUGUGGACUCAGGUGGACCUCCGCGUCCAGGGAUAGAGGAACAGGAU